GAUAUAUGAUUUCACAAAAAAGGAUCCUUUCCUCAAAAGAUGAAUCUUUUUCCUUCUUCCAGUGUGAAUUUAGAAUCUCAGUCUUGAUCUCGGCCACGAUCUCAAUCUUUUUAACCCGGAUCUGCUCGUGCUGUAUCACUUAGUCCCCCUUACCCUGUAUAAAAUAAAAACGCACACAGGGUUCCACUUCAUCAACGCGUUUCACUCACAAAUUUUGGUGCUUUACUCAUUUUUCCGUUCUUUGUUUUAUUUUGUUUACCUUUAUUUUCAUUUUCCCUCUUUGUUUUCGUGGAAUCUAGGGUUUCUUAAUCCAGAACGGAUCGUGAAACUCCGAAACCAGAACUCGGAAACUUGUCAAAUAAAAAUGGAUGAUGCGUUUGACGAUGAAGCUGAACCGGCUGUUACAAUCGGCGAGUACCUUGAGGAAGUUGAGGAACGGGAACUGGAAGCUGAUUUAGUUUUAGGGGGUGAUGAUGGUAAGGAGUGUACCUAUAGCAAAGGUUAUAUGAAAAGGCAGGCAAUUUUCUCUUGCCUCACCUGUACCCCAGAUGGGAAUGCUGGAGUUUGCACAGCUUGCUCAUUGUCUUGCCAUGAUGGUCAUCAGAUUGUGGAACUAUGGACAAAAAGAAACUUCAGGUGUGAUUGUGGGAAUUCAAAGUUUGGUGAAUUCUUCUGCAAGAUUUUCCCAAAUAAAGAUGUAGAGAAUGUUGAGAAUUCAUACAAUCACAACUUUAAAGGUUCGUAUUGCACAUGUGGUCGCCCUUAUCCAGAUCCAGAUGCUGACGAACAAGUAGAGAUGAUUCAGUGCUGUAUAUGUGAGGACUGGUUUCAUGAGGAGCAUCUUGGUCUUGAAUCUUCUGAUGAGGUUGGUAUUUUGGAUAGUGGUGUUUGGUCUUCUCUUGACCUUUUUAUAUUGUGUUUUUGUACAUAAGGCUUCCAGGAGAAUUUUAUGCAUUCUUAGAAUUAAAAAUGUAAGACUUUCUUGUUAUGAAUAGAGUAGCCAGGUUUUGUGUUAAUUGUACUAUCAGUUCAUGUUGACAAUAAUCCAUAUAUCUUAUUACAAAAAAAUAAAUAAA